CUCAAAUCGACAUCUUGCCUUGAGAGCGGAAGAGGAGCCCUAGGUAAUUCAUUUAGAUUGUGGGGGGAGAGAGAGAGAGAGAGGAGAUGGGGAAGGACUCGAAAGCGAAAGAGGGAGGUGGUAAGGGAGGAAUUAAGGGAAAGAAGUCAACUGGCGGCGGUGGUGAUGAGAGCAAUUCCAAUUCCAAGGGUAAAGGAAAGGCUGCUGGAAAGUCCUCCGACGGCCUCGGUACCUGCACUUAUGUCAAAGCGAGGCAUAUCUUAUGUGAGAAGCAAGGGAAAAUUAAUGAAGCAUACAAGAAAUUGCAAGAUGGUUGGCUGAGCAAUGGAGAAAAAAACAUUCUUUGUGAGUUUUCUAAAGUAGCAUCAGAGUAUUCUGAAUGCCCAUCAGGAAAGAAAGGCGGAGACCUUGGGUGGUUUCCUAGAGGGAAAAUGGCUGGGCCGUUUCAGGAUGUUGCAUUCAGUACACCAGUUGGCGCAACCAGUGCACCAUUCAAAUCAACGCAUGGCUAUCAUAUUAUCCUGUCUGAGGGGAGGAAAAAUUGAUCAGAUCCUAUGACCAUAAUUACGAACUCUUCUGUCUUGUUGAAGUUCAUAGAAUAAAAGACCAGAAGAUAUGUUCUCAGUGUAAGAUAAAUAUUAUGUCAUGCAACUUGUUGCGAUCGCCUUAAAAGAGAUACUUCUGCAGUAACUUUAUGGAAUUCAGACUGUUUACUUGAGUUUAUGGUUUCAAGUCUUAAGAUAUUGUUGUAAGAAAUAUUCAUAUUGAGUCUGGUAUUCAGUUUUUGCAAUUA